UGCAAUUAAGCGAUCUUUAGUGUUUCCGGUGACUUUCACUUUGGCGUGUUUUUCUCAUAGCAAUUUACAUGAACUUGAAGGUUACGGAAAUGGAAGCUGAGGAAUACAUCCUGGCUGGAUUGCCAGUUGUCCUAAACAAUGCAAUGAGGACGUGGCCUUCCUCAUCCUGGACACCAGAAUUCCUUAGUCAGCAGCUCCCACAACCAUUGUCUUGUAAAGUGACACCUUUGACUGCAGAAAGGGCACUGAUGGAGACCGAGUGUAUCCAGGAAUCUGUGUGUCUACCCGACUUUGUACAGUGGCUCAGGGGAAAUACCAAGGGAGACAACCCUCUACAAAAGUAUGACCGCAACACAUUCUCAUGUUAUCUUGACUACAAGUACAUGCAAGAGAUAUUUACAGCUAAGCCAGAGUUACUCAAGGCAGUAUGCUGGGAGAGUGUUGGUCUAGAGGGACGAGAUGGGACAGCAAGUACACUGUGGCUUGGAAGUGAGGGAGCCUAUACCAACUGUCAUUAUGAUACCUAUGGUUACAACCUGGUUGCUCAGAUAUACGGAAGGAAACGUUGGGUACUGUUUGAUCCAUCUGAUACCCAGCAUCUGUAUCCGACACGAAUCCCCUUUGAAGAGUCAAGUAUAUUCUCACAGGUUGAUGUUAAAAAUCCAGACCUAAAGCAUCAUCCAAAGGUUAAGCUGACAAAUGUCUAUGAGGUAAUCCUGGAGCCAGGACAGAUCCUGUAUGUACCAAGACACUGGUGGCAUUAUGUUGAGUGUCUGGAACCGGCAAUUAGUAUCAACACUUGGGUAGAGCUGGCUGUGGACAUCGAGUCAAGAUUUGAGGAGGCAGUCACCCGCAGCCUGUUUUCGAGUCUUUGGAGCUCCUACAUAAAUAUGGAGAGACAAGUAACAGAUGGGCAUGAUUGCUAUCCGCCACGGCAAACAGCCAGCCCUAAAGAGGAGGCCAGCCCGCCGGAGUGGAUCAAUCCAAAGGAGGAGAUAUGGGACAACUCUCGUAACAUCAUUGUGCUGAAUGAGGCAUAUAAAGCAUUGGACAUAAGCCACAAUGAUUUGUAUCCAAGAUUGGACAGAGGAUGCGAUGUGAUCAGUUCAAACAACCCUAGUUGUGCCACUAGUAACAAACACACGGAGAAGAAUUUGGAACAUUUUGCAAGACACUUUAAAGGAAAGUCAGUGUUUUUUCCACACAGGAAUGAUUCAAGUCAGGGAGGAUGUUCAAAAAAGAAUUUCUCUGCAGAAAUUGUGAAGAAUCCUGAUUCUCGGAUCCAAGAAAAAAUCGCCAAUAAUCAUAGAGUAUCACCAACACAAAAUGUUAACUUUGAAUGCAAUUUAUCUGAUGUAUCAAAUUACCAACCAAAUAAGAAUGCAAGUGUUAGUUUUGCUAGCGCCAAUUUAAAAAGAAAACACAGCGGUGAAACAUAUUCUGAUCAGUCCUGUCCUAUUAAAGUGACCAAAUCAAAACCAGAAUCUUGUGAACGGCUGCUAGGAGACUCAGUCUUGAUCAAGACAAUCUCUAGUCCAGAUCAAAAGUGGAACAGAAACAAUGUGACCAUAGGAACACCAUGUAUGACUAAAUUCUGUGAGCAGUGCCAGAACAAGGAUUAUAAUGGGCAAGUAUGUCAGUCACAGUUAGAUGUUACUAUCACUGCAGUGACAGCACAGCCAUUCAUGACUUGGUAUUCCUUGUGUAAAUGUGGGGACCACAAUUCCGACAAGGAUAUAUCUGGAAGUGUAAGGGGUAAUAACUCUAUACUAACGCAGGAAAACCAGAGUGACAGCACAGUACAGAAUAUAAACCUUGAUAGAAGUGGUUCAUGCAGUAAACCAGACACCAACAGUGAUGUGAACAGUGAUAAACCAGUAAUGUCCAGACAUUGUGACUGUGGUAGUGAUACUUGCAAAUCAAAUCACCAAAUACAUAUUGACGAAAAAGGGAAGUACAAAAACUUAUUGACAUUUGAAAAAUUUGUAAGAUGUGCUACACAUCCCGAUGUUGUAAACACAAUAGCUAAAGUUAUCAAAAACAGCAUGGAAAAUGACUAGGAAUUCACCAGCUUUGGCCAAUGUAAAACGUCCUGUACUUCAGGACAGUAUCCGAGGUAGAUUGUCUUUAAACUAUGGUAGAUGUGAAGUUUACUAAAAUAUGUUGUGUGAAAUAUAUGCUUUACCAGAACAGGAUUUUCA